GUGGAAUUUGUUGUGUUUGGGUUUGUGCCUCUCGUCGCCGGGUGUCACCGGGGGAAGCGCUUCCCUCUUCUUUACAUCCCUCAGUGAGAUAUUUGUAGGUGUGAGCGAGAACUCUUCCCUCCACGCAGAACAAUCCCAAUUCUUUUGGCCUUUCCUCAUGUGAAAGAUGCUUCAGUGCCUGAUUUUGUCUUUGUGGCCUUUCGCUGGGCUUGCUCCAGUUCAUCCAGAUGUGUCUCGUCCUGGGGAGCUCAAAAUGGGGCUCAGCACUCUCGGCCCAGGAGAGCAAUGGCUCUGAGGGUGAUUGUGCCGUGUCAGUCGGAGGUGACCGGCUGAUGUUGGAACGCCAGCUGCUCGCUGUCCGCUGGUCCUGCUCCUAGCCCGAGAUGGGGAGGAUCAGCAUCUCGUGUUUGCUUCCUGCUUCUUGGCACUUCAGUAUCUCCCCCGUGGGGUGUCCGCGCGUGCUCAACACGACGUUGCGGCAGGUCGUCGUGAUCGGGAUACUCGCUGCCGCUGUCUCCUUGCUGUACUACUCGCUGGUUGUCAUCCGCAACAAGUACGGGCGUGCGUCCAGGGACAAAAGAUUCCACAGAUAUCUUGCCCGGGUAACCGACACCGAAGCUACAGACACAAACAACCCCAAUCUGAAUUAUGGAAUCGUUGUGGACUGUGGCAGCAGCGGCUCUAGGAUUUUUGUGUAUUGCUGGCCGAGACACAACGGUAACCCCCAUGACCUGCUGGACAUAAAACAGAUGAGGGACAAGAACAGAAAACCGGUGGUUAUGAAAAUUAAGCCAGGUAUUUCGGAGUUUGCCAACUCUCCUGAGAAGGUCAGUGAUUACAUUUCUCCACUUCUGAGCUUUGCUGCUGAACACGUGCCCCGUGCAAAACACAAAGAGACUCCUCUUUAUAUUCUGUGCACUGCAGGAAUGAGGAUUCUGCCAGAAAGCCAGCAGAAGGCAAUACUUGAAGAUCUGCUCACUGAUAUUCCUGUGCACUUUGAUUUUCUGUUUUCGGACUCGCACGCAGAGGUUAUUUCAGGGAAGCAGGAAGGAGUGUAUGCGUGGAUUGGCAUCAACUUUGUUCUUGGAAGAUUUGAACAUACAGAUGAUGAGGAUGAAGCCAUCGUGGAGGUGCACGUCCCAGGCAGCGAAAACAAAGAGGCUAUCUUCCGUAAGAGGACAGUGGGUAUUCUUGACAUGGGCGGAGUGUCGACUCAGAUAGCAUACGAAGUCCCUAAAACUGUAAGCUUUGCCUCUUCACAGCAGGAGGAAGUUGCCAAAAACUUGCUUGCAGAAUUCAACUUGGGCUGUGAUGCUCAUCAAACGGAGCACGUGUAUAGAGUCUAUGUCGCAACGUUCCUUGGCUUUGGAGGGAAUGCAGCACGCCAGAGAUACGAAGACAGCCUAUUUACCAGCACGGUACUUAAGAACAGACUGCUGGGCAAAGAGACUGGCAUGACUUCUGAUGCACCGUACUUAGAUCCUUGCCUGCCCCUGGAUGCUCAGGAUGAGAUUCAUCAAAACGGACAGAUAAUGUAUUUGCGGGGAACAGGAGACUUUAAUCUGUGUCGUGAAAUUAUUCAGCCGUUCAUGAACAAGACUAACGAAACGCAGACAUCCCUUAAUGGUGUCUAUCAGCCUGCUGUGCACUUUCAGAACAGUGAAUUCUAUGGCUUCUCAGAGUUCUAUUACUGCACUGAGGACGUGUUGCGCAUGGGAGGAGAUUACAAUGCUGCUAAAUUUACUAAAGCUGCAAAGGAUUAUUGUGCCACUAAGUGGUCUGUCCUGCGGGAACGUUUUGACCGUGGUCUUUAUGCAUCACAUGCUGAUCUCCACAGAUUGAAGUACCAGUGUUUUAAGUCUGCCUGGAUGUAUGAAGUAUUUCACAGUGGCUUCUCUUUUCCUGUGAGCUACAACAGUUUGAAAACAGCCCUGCAGGUGUACGAUAAGGAGGUGCAGUGGACGUUGGGAGCCAUUCUUUACCGAACGCGGUUUUUACCUCUAAGAGACAUCCAGCAAGAAAACUUUCGUGGAAGUCACUCCCACUGGAGGAGCUUCUCCUUUGUUUACAAUCACUAUUUGUUUUUUGUCUGUUUUCUGAUCGUGCUGCUCUCCAUCCUGCUUUACCUGCUAAGGCUCAGACGGAUCCACAGGCGAAUGCUGCGUAAUAGCUCGUCUACUUCCCUAUGGAUCGAGGAAGGCCUCCCACCACAGAAGAUCUCAGGAGCCUUAUGAGAUGCUGUGAUGGAGAGCUUUUAUUGGACUUCCUACACAAAAAGCCAUUUUUGCCUCAGGGUUUCUCCUUUUUGUCCCUUUAAAUCAUUGAAGAAGAAGAUUGGCCGGAGCGUGGAGUUCAGCUAGGCUUCGGAAAUAUGGGGAAAUGGGGGUCAAUUUGGCUUAGUCUCAUUAGACAGUAUCUGCCAAAAAUUACCUAUUUUUUUUUUUAAUAUUGCACUUUUGUGUGUAAUGGGGCGAGUAAAGACUCGAUGCCAGUAAGUGAGAGGCAGCAACUUAAGCUGUGUGGUAAGAGAAGAGAGUGAGUGUGAGUUCUCAUCCUGUGGGUGAGACUGUGAAAUGCUGUUAGCUAGGAUGAAUGAGCUUUAUUUUUCUUUUCCAGAUUCCAGGAUCGAUAUUGCUAGACUUCUCAGUUCUGGAUCUCCUCAGUCAAAGAAAAGGAAGUGCAGGGUUUUCAAAAGCAGUUAGAAAACUUCUUAGAUCAGCUUUCCUCAUUUUAUAUUGUGGAAUAAGUACUGUGAUGGAGAAGAAAAAUCUAUUGCACCCAAUGCUGUACUUCCACAGAACUACUUAAACCAGUUUUAUUUGUGACAGUUAUCUGAUAUCGCAGAUAUCUGUCCCUUUUAUCUAGGAAGCUGUAUCUCCAUAGUUGCAAACCUCACUACUUUUUAAUCUUUUAUUUCUGUUUCAUUCAGAGAUUGCCCUGAAACUCCAGCAAGGUGAAGAGAACUGGAAUAUGCCUCGGCUUGUUUCCGCUAGAGUAGACAUGCACAGUGUCUUUUUUGUUUUCGAGUACUCUGAACUGUUAAUUUAUAUUUUAUUUAAAGCUGUUAAUUUUACUUGAAAGUAAAUUUGUCCAUGAUUAAAAGUGGGAUUUAUAUGAA